AGAAGCAAGGGGUUGAUGUGGCCAAAUUUUCGGUCUGGUUCGUCCAAGGUAGAGUAUUUCAAGUAGCUGAAGGUGUAUCCAAAGAGAGCCUUUUUGACUUUGUAAAAAAUAUCAAUAAAUGUUCUAAGAAGCAAGGGGUUCAUGUGGCCAAAUUUUCGGUCUGGUUCGUCCAAGGUAGAGUAUUUCAAGUAGCUAAAGGUGUAUCCAAAGAGAGCCUUUUUGACUUUGUAAAAAAUAUCAAUAAAUGUUCUAAGAAGCAAGGGGUUGAUGUGGCCAAAUUUUCGGUCUGGUUCGUCCAAGGUAGAGUAUUUCAAGUAGCUAAAGGUGUAUCCAAAGAGAGCUUUUUUGACUUUGUAAAAAAUAUCAAUAAAUGUUCUAAGAAGCGAGGGGUUCAUGUGGCCAAAUUUUCGGUCUGGUUCGUCCAAGGUAGAGUAUUUCAAGUAGCUGAAGGUGUAUCCAAAGAGAGCCUUUUUGACUUUGUAAAAAAUAUCAAUAAAUGUUCUAAGAAGCAAGGGGUUCAUGUGGCCAAAUUUUCGGUCUGGUUCGUCCAAGGUAGAGUAUUUCAAGUAGCUAAAGGUGUAUCCAAAGAGAGCCUUUUUGACUUUGUAAAAAAUAUCAAUAAAUGUUCUAAGAAGCAAGGGGUUGAUGUGGCCAAAUUUUCGGUCUGGUUCGUCCAAGGUAGAGUAUUUCAAGUAGCUAAGGUGUAUCCAAAGAGAGCCUUUUUGACUUUGUAAAAAAUAUCAAUAAAUGUUCUAAGAAGCAAGGGGUUCAUGUGGCCAAAUUUUCGGUCUGGUUCGUCCAAGGUAGAGUAUUUCAAGUAGCUGAAGGUGUAUCCAAAGAGAGCCUUUUUGACUUUGUAAAAAAUAUCAAUAAAUGUUCUAAGAAGCGAGGGAUUCAUGUGGCCAAAUUUUCGGUCUGGUUCGUCCAAGGUAGAGUAUUUCAAGUAGCUGAAGGUGUAUCCAAAGAGAGCCUUUUUGACUUUGUAAAAAAUAUCAAUAAAUGUUCUAAGAAGCGAGGGAUUCAUGUGGCCAAAUUUUCGGUCUGGUUCGUCCAAGGUAGAGUAUUUCAAGUAGCUAAAGGUGUAUCCAAAGAGAGCCUUUUUGACUUUGUAAAAAAUAUCAAUAAAUGUUCUAAGAAGCGAGGGGUUCAUGUGGCCAAAUUUUCGGUCUGGUUCGUCCAAGGUAGACUAUUUCAAGUAGCUAAAGGUGUAUCCAAAGAGAGCCUUUUUGACUUUGUAAAAAAUAUCAAUAAAUGUUCUAAGAAGCAAGGGGUUCAUGUGGCCAAAUAGAUAUUUCCCAAGGGAGACUCAUGGUGUCUUCCUUCUUGACCUCCUUUUGAGAAACUUUUUCGAGUAUAUAUCCUCAACUUCUUGACCAAUUGGUUCCUGUUUCUGUGCUCGAAUUGACGAUUUCUAGAGGAGCCUGCUUAUGUGAUGAUUAUGGACUCUGUGAAAGAACCAACUGCUAUUGCUAUUGCAAGUAACAGUGCUACCAAUAAUGAGACUCUUGUGCUGCAAGCACAGCAAAAGAGACGUGGAUCUGGCAAUAGAGAUUUUAUUCCAAGUGCUGGAAAGCAAAGAGUCUUUGAUAAAAGACAAGAAAGACAGUUAAGAAACAAUCUUUUGAACUGGUUAAACAGAACAAACAUGCCUGUAGUUGCCUUAAGCCUGCAAUCAGAUCUUUCGGUUAAUUACAUAGGGGCUGAAUGGUUUGAAGACUUUAUCAAAGAUCCUUACAUCAGAGAAAAGUUUGUGAAAGUGGCAAUUGAGGGACUAAAAAAGUUUUAUGAACAAAGAGAAAGGGCAGAAAGGACUGAAACAAUAGAAAAUUCAGGCAAUAGAGAAUCUGUGUCCACAGAAGCUGAUUGCCUUGACUUUGGUGUCAAACAGAAGCUGCUUAAUGAUGAUGUUAUGGGGUAUGAUGUUCAUCAAAAAAGUAUGCUUAUUGGGCAGAUUGUGAAGAGAAAAGGAUUGACAUCAAAAACAUGCUGGCUUGCAAAGAACAAACCGACUUGGUUCUGGCCUGUGACCAUAAGAUUUCGAUCACCGAACUGUGGCCCAAAUAGAAUGAAAGUGGGAGAAAUGGAUGUCGUGCUGCAGGCUUGCAUUUCAAAACUGAAAGAAAGCGAGGCAGCUGCAAUUGAAGAAAUACAGGAAGUGGAAGAAAUGGAGGGAGUGGAAGGAAUGGAGGGGGAUGAAGGAAUGGAGGGAAUGGAAGAAACGGAGGAAAGAGAAGAGAUGGAGGAAAGAGAAGUGACGGAGGACAGAGAAGUGACGGAGGACAGAGAGGUGACACAGGACAGAGAGGUGACGGAGGACAGAGAAAUGACGGAGGACAGAGAAGUGACGGAGGACAGAGAAGUGACGGAGGACAGAGAAGUGACGGAGGACAGAGAAGUGACGGAGGACAGAGAGGUGACACAGGACAGAGAGGUGACGGAGGACAGAGAAGUGACGGAGGACAGAGAAGUGACGGAGGACAGAGAAGUGACGAAGGACAGAGAUGAUGCGGAGAAAAAAAAAAUGGAAAUGAAUGAAAAGCUUAGGUGCAUAGUUGAGAAGAUGAAGAUCUGUAGGUGGAAUGACCCAAACUCCAACGAUGUGCAGGAAUUGCUAGGUGCUAUGGAGGAUGACUCGUUGUUUCUGGAGACUGUUGUGCAGUAUAUCCCGAAACACAUGACAUUUGGCUCGUAUUGCCUCCGACUAAAGCCCUCUGACACAAACUAUUGGCUUAGACAUCAAAUACCAUCGAGUGUUGCCAGGAAUAUUGAUCCGUUUCUUGUCUUGCAAAAUGGUAACGGACUUUACAGAGCUGCGUCGUUGGCUCUGUUCAAUAUAACAGAUUUUUGGCCAACUUUGCGCUUCCUGUCCGCGAAGUAUGGCAUAGAGAAAUUUGAGCAGGUUAUGAAGCAGAUGAAUGACAUUGGCGGAUCGGAAUUCUCUACGGGGCAGUCACGUGAAGCUAUUGAAAAACGAUUAAGACGCCAAAUUCUGCUUACCACAUUGCCUAACUAUGAAUGCACCCCUUUACAUUUGGUUCUACUGUCAAUCGCGAUGGGUGUCACUGUCAACUGCUAUUCUCCAGCAAGAAGCAGAAACUUCCAACUUAAGCAGCAGAAUAGCAUGGAUAAUAUCGACCUCCUUUGGGCUGUGGACAGAAACGGACAGGUCACAGACAGGGUGUAUCCAUUGCUCCAACAUCGCUGCGAUGAGAAUCUGCUUGACAAAUGUGGUGCUGGAGCGUACUGCCGAAAUCAGGAUACAGCAAGGCUUGUCCAGUGCAAAUAUUGCCUCCGGAACUACCAUCCUCUUUGUGCUGGACUGGAUAAAAAGGGACUCGGACCAGGCAAUCAAAACUGGACCUGUGGCUGUCAUAUUUCACACGCAGACCUUUCGAUUGUUGACAGAUUUAGCUCCAAAGAUAAAGUCCAGCGUCUACUGGAAUCAUACUCUGCUGAAAUCAAGCGCCAUGUCGCCAGCGUUCUGAAGUUUCACUUGGAACUAGCAUUGGCAGCGAGUCGAGAAGACGAGUUGAAUCCUUGUUGGCUAUUUCAAGGGGAUCCGUAUGCUUAUUUAAAUAUUCCAACAUAUAUUGCACGCAUUGCCAGUGCAGACAAACGCUUCUUCACUAUCCCCAUCGACGAUCGUGGAACAGUAGUGAAGAAUUUUCUCCUGCCAGAUGUUGCAGCUUUCCUUGUUCAUCGCUUAGCGAACAUUCCACUGCUCUGUGCAAGGCGGCUUGUCAAUGAUUCGGCGAAGUAUAAAAUUCGUUUAUAAGCUUCGUGUUUUGGUGGUACAGGUAAAGGAUCAAUUGCUUCAUGAAAUUUUGUUCGGACAUGUAAGAAAGUUGGUUCUUUAUUUUCUUCAGCUGGGCAUUUCUUUGCUCGUUUAUUUGGCUAUUUGUGCCUUUAAACCC